UUCCUUAAAAUUCUGCCUAAUUAAUAAUAAUAAUAAGAGUCCCGUUCUCUCCAAUACCCCCAAAUCCCUUUUCCCCUUCAAUAUAUACCCACCACUGUAUUGCAGCAACCACAGUAGGGUUUCCUUAGUUUCUCUUCGAUCUAUAGCCUUGCCGCCGAUUUGCUUACAUAGCCGUUAUUUUUCAAACGUAUUUAGUCGUCCGCUGACCUGUCAAUGUCUGCAUCGGAGGCGGGAGGGACUAAGGAUGACCAGACGGAGGAGGUAAAAGGUGGGGAGCUUUUGUUCUGUGGUUCGACCAACUGGGAUACCGCUGGUCGCAAGAAAACUGGGCAGGAAGGCAACUUGCCUGCUCCGACUAGGCUCCGGCCACUCGUCGGCGUUAGUAUUCGUCAGGUCGUCUCUGGCUGUGCUUCUUGUCAUUGUGUGGCAAUGGAUGUUGAUGGUAGAUGCUUUACCUGGGGAAGAAACGAGAAGGGGCAACUCGGUCAUGGAGAUACCAUCCAACGCGACAGACCCACCAUUGUUUCAGAAUUAUCAAAGCAUAAAAUAGUUGGAGCAGCUGCAGGGAGGAGCCACACUUUGGUAGUAACCAAUGAAGGGCUAACAUUAGCCUUUGGUUGGAACAAACAUGGGCAGCUUGGUUCAGGUUCUGCAAAGAACGAAAUCGAAUCAUCUCCUGUCCGUUGUCCUGUUUCUGAAGUAAAAAGUAUUGCUUGUGGAGCUGAUUUCACUGUAUGGUUGACUUCUACUGAAGGAUCUUCUAUAAUGACUUGUGGUCUUCCACAGUAUGGCCAACUUGGUCAUGGAACAGACAAUGAGUACAAUACCAAAGAUAGCUCUGUGAGGCUGGCUUAUGAAGCUCAGCCACGUCCUAAAGCUAUAGCUUCUUUUUCAGGAGAAACUAUAGUUAAAGUUGCUUGUGGAAAUAACCAUACAGUUGCUGUGGAUAAAAAUGGAUAUGUUUACACGUGGGGCUUUGGUGGUUAUGGAAGGCUUGGGCAUAGAGAACAGAAAGAUGAGUGGGCUCCUCGCCGAAUUGACAUUUUCACUAAGCAAAAUGUUUUACCUCCUAAUGCUGUGGUUUCAGCUGGCUCAGUUAACUCUUCAUGUACUGCUGGUGGUGGACAAUUGUAUAUGUGGGGAAAAAUAAAAAGCACCGGAGAUGAUUGGAUGUACCCUAAACCUCUUCUGGAUUUAAGUGGUUGGAAUAUCCGUUGCAUGAAUUCAGGCUAUAUGCACCAUUUUGUUGGUGCAGAUAACUCAUGUAUAAGUUGGGGUCAUGCUCAGUCUGGUGAACUAGGCUAUGGACCCAACGCCCAGAAAUCUUCAGCGGUUCCCAAAAAAGUUGACCUUCUUGAAGGCAUGCAUGUCAUCAGCACUGCAUGUGGACUUGCUCAUUCUAUGGUGGUAGUUGAUCCUUCCAAUGUCAAGGACAGACUUGAUCAACUUGAAGUCUAUGAUGGGAAAGCUGCCGCGGUCGAAGAGAAAGAACCAAAAGGUAAAAGUCCUGCUCCCAAAAAGGCUCCUGCUAAAAAAACUGAAAGCUCAAAGAAGAGGAAAGCUUCAAAAGAAUCAUCUGAUUCUGAAGAAGAAGAGGAGGAGGAUGAUGAUGAUGAUAUUGAGGCUGAGAGCGAUGACAGUGAGGAGCAAGCAAAUGGGCGGUCAUCAACAAAGAAGAAACAAAGAGGAGGAAAGGCCGGGAGGGGAAAUGCUGCUGCUAGUAAAGGAAAAACGGCGAAAGGAGGAGGCAGGGCAAAAAAGGCAGAGAAUUCACCGCCAGCAGCUAAAGGGAAUACAGGUAGGAGAGGAAGGCCAAAGAAGCAAUAAUGAUAUGCCUGGAAUUGUUUUCAUCAUGACUUCAUUUAUUAUCACCUCAUUUGUUGGAGAUAAUUGUAACUCGAUAUUGCGGGAAAACUGUCUGAAACCCUUUAAUCAAAUGUUUAAUUCAAGAGCUUAGAGACUAAAGAGAGAGCAGCAAGCAACAAGGUUUGUUUCUAGACUUUUAAUUU